UGUUCAGUCCAUGGGAAAAUGCUCGUAUCACCCUUGUAAGGGCAUUGGAAUCAUGAUCGAUAAUCAUGAAUGGUUAAGAUGAUUCUUUAGUAGCAUCAUAUAAAUAUGUCACCCUUAAAACAUGAUGUCGGCCUACUGAGGUGGUCAUACAUUAUUUUUAUUCUCGUUGCAAUGUACGAGCAGUUACCUCUAAAACAUGUCGAAAAUAAUUGUUCACAGGCGAGGCGAUCCCUAGCUGGCUUGCAUGCCCGCCCGGCAUCGCCCACGCGCUCGCUCCCGUUCCCGUACCAGCCCCACACCACGCCCGAGCAGCCAUGGUUUGAUCCCUCAAAAAAAGAAAACAAACCCAGGCUCCGCAUCCACCACGCCCCUGUUUUCUUACUGCUUGUUUGGAUCAUGAUUUUUGACUUGGCGCUCGAUCCAAACCUGGUAUUUCAGGAGUAUACUGUGGUGUUCAUCGCUUAUUCAAUGCACUGGAUAAGAAGGCUUGCUAAAGGGGAACAGUUUUCAUACUUCAGUUUAUUUCAUUGGCCAUAA